AUGGACCAAUCAGUUGUAGAGGGCUUACUCAACCUCUGCCUCACCAAAGAGGAAGAAGAGGAAAUAACCAUCACAACCAAGAACAGAGCAGAUUUGCUAGAGGAGUGUGCACUGAGUCUCUUUGGCCGCUUACUCUCUGAGAGACACCAGAAUCUAAGAGCUUUAAAAAGCACAUUGAAAUCGGCUUGGAAAAUGGGUUCCGACCUGCAGAUUGUGGAGGUUGGAAAUAAUGUGUUGCAAUUCAAGUUCAAUUCGGAAUACCAAAUGCAAUGGGUUGAACGAAAUGGGCCUUGGAAUUUCGAAAACAAUCUGCUAUUGUUAUGCAGAUGGCGGAAAGGUUUGUCAGCUUCGAAUAUCGUUUUCACGCACUCUCCAUUUUGGGUUCAGAUCUGGGAUCUACCCUUUGAACACAUGUCUAUGGAAGUGGGUAGAGAACUCGGCAACAGCUUGGGAAAGUUCAUAGAAUCGGAUCGAAGAACAGGGAACUCAGACCAUGCAAACUUUAUGAGGAUCAGGGUGGAUCUUCAACUUGAUAAACCACUGAGACGGAGGGGAAGAGUAGCAAGUGAUGAUGGAGAAAAAUUUUGGGUUAACUUCAAAUAUGAGAGGUUACCCACCUUUUGUUACCAUUGUGGCCGCCUGGGGCAUGACGACAAACAUUGCCGGGAAAACUCUGAACACCAAAACACCUCCAGGCAAUACGGGGACUGGCUUCGUGCUUAUGGAAAUGCAAGGGUUGUGGGAGAUAGAUCAAAAUCUACCAGCAGCGGUGAGUAUGUUGAACAAAGGGAAGCUUAUACUCACACUGCGGAAAGAAGCUUCACUGCUUCAGUUAUGGAGGAUGGGUGCAGCAGUACUGAUGGACCCGGAAAAAAUGAAGAGAAGAAUAUGAAUGCUUCCGGAAAAAUCAGCGGCGCUGGAUCGGAGAAGAAGACUAGCGAGAAAACCCUACAGGGGAGUGAUUGUCCCACACGUGCGAGCCAGCAAAUUGCAGACACUUCAGUGGCACGUGCUGAGACCAGCGCACCUCCUACUGGGCUCCCACGUGACUCCGGUUUAAACAAGCAAGCAAAGGAUGCUCUAUCACUUGUGGGCCAAAAAGCCCAAAUUGAAAAGGAUCUCAUGGAUGUGUCUAGCCCCAUUAAGCCCACUCCUUUGCCAAUAAACACAGACAGAGAAAAAUCGGAAGUUAAGAUAGCAAGCACAAGCCCACUACCGAGGAAAAAAACAAAAACAAAAGUCCAAAUAAAAAAAAUGGCCAGGGAGAAGGGGAAAGCUAAAGGCCCAGCCUCUGAAACUCUGUCUCCACCAGUAGGCUCUAAACGUGCAAGAAAGCUUAUUUUUGAAGAUGAGGAGGAGGAUUACAGAACAAAGAAAAGAUGCACCCAGUCAGGUAUUUCCCAACCAAUUCUUGAUGAGGUAUCGACGGUGGCUGCUGUGCAGCAUCACCGGGAGCAAUGA